AUGCAAAUAAUCCUCAUUCUAUUAAUUUUUGAUGUUGUCACGUGCAAAUUCGUGUGCAAGUCAGGAGAUGAUCUCGAAGUCUCCAAAGUUUGUAACGGAAAAGCUGAUUGUCUUGAUGGCUCAGAUGAGAGAAAGGAGCUUUGUACGAUGUCAUUAUGCGACAUCAAGGAAUUCAAAUGUUUCUAUGGAGCUUGCAUUUCCCGUCAUCUUCUCUGUAAUGGCGCCAAAGACUGCGUUGAUGGUUCAGACGAAAGUCAAUGUGGUUUGUCGUCGACUAGUUGUGAAAAAAACCAAUUUCGAUGUGAUUCUGGAGAAUGUAUCAACAGCACUUCCAUUUGUGAUGGCAUCAAAAACUGCAUUGACACUUCCGAUGAGUCGCCAAAAAUUUGUGAGCACGAACUUUGUCCAGCAAACACUUUUAGAUGUCGUUACGGGAGCUGUAUUCACCUUAAUUCGACUUGUAACGGCUUUAAUGAUUGCAUUGAUGGCUCAGAUGAAGCGCUUGAUCUCUGUUCUCACAAAAACGAAAAUGGAUUUUGGUCACGUGACAUCUUAAAAUGUGAACCAGAAUGCGGAAGAACGAACACAAUUUCGCCUUUGAUUGUCAAAAGUAUGGAAACUAAAGCUCCAUUUCCGUGGCAUGCAACGAUGUACGUCCAUAAAAACGGAAAUUAUACUUUUUGGUGUGGCGCAACGUUAAUUAGCGAAGCACUUUUUGUCACAGCAGCUCAUUGCACCUACAAAUUGUCCGCAGAUGUGAUAAAAUUGUAUUUGGGGAAGACAAAAAAGACUUUUGAUGUUACCUCGGAAGAACCAGAAGCGACAGUUUAUCAAGUCAAGCGUGUUAUUGAGCAUCCUUUGUACUUGGAUCAGAACGGAAAUUACGCUUCUGACAUCGCAUUACUUGAAAUCACCGAAGAAGUUCAAUUCAGCGAAAAUCGACUGCCGGUAUGCAUUGAUUGGGAGCUCGACGACAUCACGGAACAUUUAUCGGAGAACAAUUUGGGAGUCGUGAUGGGCAUGGGAGUCACGGAAAAUGAUACUUUUAGUGAAAGUCUUAGAUUUGCAUGGCUUCCCGUCAUUCCCAACGAAAAAUGUAUUGACAAGCACAAAGUAGAUUUCAAAAAAUAUGUCACAGUAACAUCAUUUUGUGCUGGAUGGGCGAACGGAACAGGCGUUUGUAACGGAGAUUCAGGCGGGGGAUUGGCAUUUCCCAUCAAAGGCGUUCAACGAUGGUGUUUAGAGGGCAUUGUCAGCUUAAGUCCUCGUCGUCAAACAUCAUCAUUUUGUGACCCAAACGAGUACACAAUCUUCACAAAAGUUGGAAUGUACGUCAAAUGGAUCGAGCACGUCAUGGAAGAAGUUCAUGCAACCCAUAAUUUCACCCGAAAAAAGUACGAACCGAUAUUAAAAGGCAACUAA